AUGGCAACUAUAGAUAAAUUUGUAUUAUGUUCUACACUAUUAUUCUGUAUAGCCGAUCUACUUGUUCUAAUAAGCAUAUCAAGACCACGAUGGCUUUUAUCCGUAAAUCAAGGUGAAACAUCCAUUGGUCUUAUUGAAAUGUGUAUCAUGACCUCGCCAGCCAAUCCUAAUAAUCAAAAAUGUUUUAUUUCACAUCAAUUUCGUCUCGUAUGGAGUAUAUCAUUCGGGUUGGCUUUAGCUGCAUUUGCACUUCUGUCAGUGACUAUUGUUCUUCUUGUUACUUCACAAUAUACACAAACACCGAUAGCUCAAUAUGGCCGACUAGCUGGAUUUAUAGCCAUGAUAUUUUUAUGUCUUUCAUCGAUUCUUUUCCCCAUGGGUUUCGAUUCAGAACUCAUCGGAGGUUCACCGUUUCAAUUACCAUCGGAUUAUCGAAUAGGAUCAAGCUAUAUUCUAUUUGUUGGCGCAACAUGGUUAACUGUCAUAUCGACAUUGACGACUGGAAAAAUGUGUUUACCGACACAACUUAUUUAG